AUGGCUAUCAACCGCGAGGUUUUCAUAUCAUUCUAUGCCAUCCUGAUAUGCCUUGGUGUGCCAGGGAAUGUCCUGAUAUUAGCUGGAUACUCCAGAAAGAAAGUCAAGAAUGGCACGGAUAUAUUCAUCAUGGGCCUCGCAGCUGUGGAUUUGUUCUCAUCUUUCUUCAUCAUUGCCAAGUUCCGACCCUGGGUGAGAAGCAACAGCUUCUGCCAGUUUCAAUUUUUCUUCACGGGGUGGAUCGCCAUGGCCCAGAUGGCGGUGACACUGGCGAUAAGCGUUGACCGCUUCUUCGCUGUUUGUCGGCCGAUCCAUCGCCGUCCUCGCGUCAAGACCGCCAUCGCCGUCAUAAUUCUCUGCAUCAUCGGAACCGCGCUUCUUUAUUCCCCAGUGUUAGCUGCCGUGCGCUAUGAACCGACGAUCAAGGACUGUAUCUACCGCCAGGAUUUGCAAUGGUUCUUGAGCUAUGACCGGUAUGCUGUCCAGAGCUACAUGGUAGUAACUCUCAUCCUUGUUACCGCGGUGUAUACCCGCAUUGUCUUUGCGUUACGACGGCAGACAAAGGUCCGAACGGCUCUAACCGCCAGUGAGCCAUCGCACACGAAAUCAGACAUGGAAGCUACCGCGACCAUGCCUUCCCUAACCGGUAAUAACACCGGUCAAGGUACAUCAGGUUCUGGCUUGUCGACAUCGACAGAUCCAAAGCAGGCUGGACCAUCCGAUACCCUCCACAGAAAUACGUCAGAUGAAGACAAUGUAGGGGAGCUCUUGACCAUUACUAAUACCGAAACCAACUUAAAGAAUGAAGCAGUCAAUCCUGCAAAUCGAACUUAUAGUACUGCGGUUGGAUCACAUCCUCUGGGUGAAAGGGUCUCUGUAGUAAACCCCGGAGCCGCUACCGCAACCGCCACUGCGGUAGAUACAACCGCUUUGGGAAGACAGGGAGAGAAUCGCCUGACGCUGAUGCUUGGCUGGGUGACCGUGUUUUACGUCGUAAGUUGGCUUCCUGCCAUUAUAGGACGUUAUCUCCCUGUUGAAGUACGUCGUGAAUUCUUUAGUAGGUCAGAUCUUCACCACACGCUUUACGCCAUAUGUUUCCGUUUCUACGAAAUCAAUUCAGCCAUUAACUUUUUCAUAUAUUGGCCUCUCAACAAGCGAUUUCGACAGAAUUGCAAAGACAUUUUUAUUCAAAUCAAGAAUUAUAAUUCUUAA